GCGACUCAGCUUCUAGGCCGCAGCCAAUAUUGUCAUCGUUGUAAACAAAUUCGCAAGCAUGUGAUGAUCGUUUUUUCCCACGAGCGGUUACCCGUCGAUCAUUCGAAUUCGUUGUGUUCUUCAAACCGGUCGAAUCGCCAUCGGUGCCGUUUUCGUCCGAAUUUUUCGGUUUUUUUUUUUAUUCGUUUAAACGUCCUUAUGGAUAACUCCUCCCGAGUGCGAUAUUAACAUUGAACACAUCUGCCCGUCCGCGCAAUCGCGCAUCGCACGCGUUCAAUUCGCCCAAAGAACAUGCGAUAACGUUUACAAGUAACAAUUUAUAACCAUGUCAGCCGCCGUCACGCCAACUCCUUUGAUUCAAUCGUUGUCCAAAGGCCAGUCACCACAACCACAGUCGCACGUGGACACCGUCGCCAUCACCAUUGGACCCGCUGUCGAGGACGAAGAUCUUACCGAGGUCAUUGUCAGCGAAACCCUUGAACCUGCGUCAGCUGCUGAUAGCGUGUCUCAUAAAUUCAUCCACGAAUUUCCCACAACGCCAUCAAGCAACAACACCGCGGCUUCGUUGACAGGUUUACCAGUAAAUGAAACAAUGGCUGACUUUGGUGACAUUGUAGAAAAAGCAAGGACUGCUUUUAACAGCAAUCAAACAAAGUCAUUACAUCUCAGAAAACAUAACUUAAGACAACUUCUGAAACUCUUAAAUGAAAACGGUUCCGACUUUGAAGUAGCGUUGGCAUCAGAUUUGAGAAAGAGCAAACAAGAGGCAGUUAUAUUCGAAAUUGAUUUUUUAAAAAAUGAAAUUUUAAAUGCUUUAGAUUCAUUAGACUCUUGGAUAAAAAUUGAGCAUCCCGAUAAACCACUCAUUAACUUUUUGGAUGACGUUCUAAUUCAUAAAGACCCUUAUGGAGUCGUAUUGGUAAUUGGAGCUUGGAAUUAUCCGUUGCAACUAACCUUGUUGCCUGUGAUCGGUGCUAUAGCAGCUGGUAACAGCGUAGUUAUUAAACCAUCAGAAAUAGCGCCGGCUACUGCAAAAUUAAUAGCCGAACUUGUGCCAAAGUAUAUAAGCAGGGAUGCAUUCCCAGUUGUUUUGGGAGGAGUUGAUGAAACUACUCAACUGCUCAAACAGAGAUUUGAUUAUAUUUUUUACACUGGUUCAACUGCAGUUGGAAAAAUUGUAAGACAAGCAGCUAAUGAAUUUUUAACUCCCGUCACGUUAGAAUUAGGUGGUAAAAGUCCUUUAUACAUUGACGGAACAGCCAAUAUGGAUAUUGCCGUUAAACGAAUAAUGUGGGGCAAAUGUAUCAAUGCAGGACAAACAUGUAUUGCACCAGAUUAUAUACUGUGUACAAAAGAAGUUCAAACUAAAUUUGUAGCUAAAGUUAAAGAUACAUUAAAAGCUUGGUAUACUGAAAAUGUGAAAAACUCUCCCGACCUCUGUAGAAUCGUUUCUGAAAAACACUACAAGCGAUUGGUAGAAUUAAUGAACACGAGUGGAACAAUUGCUAUUGGUGGUGGACAUGACCAAAAAGAAUUAUAUAUUGAACCAACAGUAUUAGUCGAUGUGAAACCGACUGAUCCCAUAAUGAAAGAAGAAAUAUUUGGGCCAAUUUUACCAAUUAUGAUUGUUGACAAUGCAUAUGAUGCAAUCAAUUACAUAAAUAGCAGAAAUCAUAGUCCAUUGGCUUUAUACAUAUUUUCGAAAAACAAAGAAACUAUUGACAGUGUAAUCAAAAAUGUGAGUGCUGGUGGAAUUUGUGUCAAUGAUACUAUUACUCAUGUGGCUGUUGAAAAUUUACCAUUUGGAGGUGUCGGUCUCAGCGGAAUGGGAGCAUACCAUGGAAAAAAUUCAUUUGAUACGUUUACACAUCGUAAAAGUGUACUUGUCAAGGAUUUCAAUAUCAUUGGAGAAUCGUGUUCAUCAGCAAAGUAUCCGCCAUAUUCAGACAAAAAAUUAAGUAUGAUAUCUUUUCUGAUGAGAAAGAAACCACACUUGAACUUCAAAUUUGUGCCGUAUUUGUUAGUUUUCGGUCUUGGAAUUUGUGCGACUUUUGCGUUCAAACAUUUAAACAAGGAAGCUGAUGGAACUACAGAGUAAAUUGUUAAAGAAUAAUACAUAAAUAUAUUAUUGAUUGUUUUUUAAAUGUAUAAAUAUUUUAUAAACUUCUGCUGCUUUUAUCAUCGGCAAUAAACCCAAUAUUGUCAUAUAGAUGUCAAUUGUGAUUGACAGUGUAUUAUUAAACUUCAAAAUCCAUUUUGGAAUAGUUUUUAUAAUCAAAAAUGUAAUUUUUAAUUUAAUAGACUGAAUUAAACAUUAAAAAAAAAGAAAAGUUUUUUAUGUCAUAAAUGAA